AUGGGGGACGUGAACUAUGUAAAUCAAGGGGACAACAACCGGUACUUCAAUAAUCACCGCCCCAACUUUCAGGGUGGAGGAUAUAAUCAGUUCGGGAACAAAUGGCAUCCCAAUCUCUUUUAUGGAAACCCAAAUAAUGCUCUGCAACCACCCCCGGGGUUCACAGUUACUGAUGGAGUGGUUAAUGAUCCGAAGAAGAUGACCACGGAAGACAUACUCAACCAGAUUUCCCAGAUUGUGAGUACUAUUACUCAAUCGGGAAAAUUCCCUUCGAACACCAUCAUAAAUCCCAAAGAAUGCAAAGCUGUGCAUCUAAGGAGUGGCACUGUUUAUGAAGCUCCCUCACUGCCUGUGACCACAUCUGAUACCGUUCUUGAGCCCAAGGUUGCCGUGGCAGAGAAGGAAAAGGUGGCUGAAAAGGAGAAUACUGGCACCACUUCUGGAGUAAAGGUGCCAUUCCCGCAGGUACUGAAUCAGAAGAAGAAGAAAGAUGAGCAGUUCACUCGAUUUCUGGACAUCUUCAGAAAGGUGCAUGUGAACAUUCCUUUGAUCGAGGCACUGCAGCAAAUGCCUAAGUACGCUAAGUUUCUGAAGGAGGUGAUAGCCCAGAAGACCAGUUGGGGGCAGGUUGACACUAUUAAUCUAACUGAAAAUUGCAGUGCUCUGCUGCAAAGGAAACUGGCUGCCAAGCUGAAGGAUCCUGGAAGUUUCACUGUCGACUGCCUCAUUGGGGGCUAUAAGGUGGAGAAUGCUCUCUGCGAUCUAGGCGCGAGCAUUAAUCUAAUCCCACUAUCGGUGUUCAAGCAAAUGAACAUUGAAGACAAGGGAGUCCCCCUACUGCUAGGACGUCCCUUCCUUGCCACUGCUGAGGCAAAUAUAAACGUGAAAAAGGGAGAGUUGACAAUCUUCAUGGGAGAAGAAAGUCAAACAUUUUCCCACAAACCGAGAAGCAUGGAUGGAAGAACUGAGGAGUGCAAGGUGGUGCGUCUGAAGCACCAAGAGACUACUGAAGAAGGAGGAUCGAGUGUAGUCAGAAAAGUGAAGCAGAAGGACUUUUAUGAGCUUCACAUGGAGAUGAUGGCUUCCACUGACUCGGAGCCAAUAGCAUGGAUCGAUGCAGACCAUAGUUGCCCUUCACCGGUGCACGCGGUGAUCACUACUGAACCCCCUAGGAUGGGGGGUAAAAUACCAACUGAUGCCAAGGGAUGA